CGUUUGUUGGACGUCGCGCGGCACCGUUGCUAUACCUGCCAUUCCGAGCUUACAAAGAACUUUAUAGCAACGCUGUGUUAUCUUACAUCCACUUGAGAAUCCUUGUAUAUUUUUUACGUUAUGCUAUUUCUAAGCGGAAAUUGUGAAAUUUCAGGCACCGUUUAACAGGCCCAGUGUAGAAGCCCGCGCCAUGGAGAAGUACGAGAAGAUCAGCAGGGCCGGCGAAGGAUCCUACGGGAUGGUCUACAAGUGCCGCGUGAAGGAGACCGAUGAGCUCGUGGCUAUCAAGAAAUUCAUGGAGUCAGAGGACGAUCCGCAUAUCCGCAAGAUCGCGCUUAGAGAAAUAAAGAUGCUCAAAAGUCUCAAACAUCCCAACCUGGUCAAUAUGAUAGAAGUUUUUCGAAGAAAGCGUAAGCUGCACCUGGUGUUCGAGUAUUGCGACCACACACUUUCAUGGGAGAUUGAGGAGAAUCCGCAAGGGUUCCCCGAGAAGGAGACAAAGAAGAUCAUCUACCAGCUGGUGGAGGCGGUGCGGUUCUGCCACGAGAGCAACGUCAUCCACCGCGACGUCCAGCCAGAAAACGUCCUCAUUACCAGACACGGCGUCGUAAAACUCUGUGAUUUCGGCUUCGCAAGGAUGCUCACCAACGAGUCGUACACGGACUACGUGGGCAGGCGGUGGUAUCGGGCGCCCGAGCUUGUCGUGGGUGACACCAAGUAUUGCGCGUCCGUCGACGUCUGGGCCAUCGGCUGCGUCAUGGCGGAGAUGAUCCGCGGUGAGGUCCUCUGGCCCGGCAAGUCCGACAUCGAUCAACUCCACAUCAUCAAGAAGACAAUCGGCGAGUUACUGCCGUACCACAUGAAGGUGUACAGCAGCAACGACUUCUUCCGGGGCCUUAGGCUACCGGAGACCGGCAUCAGGGAGACGCUAGAGGCCAAGAUGCCCGCCUCCAUCUCUACGGACGCUUUAGACUUCUUGAAGAAAUGUCUCGACGUGGACCCGUCAAAGCGAAUGACAUGCAGACAAUUGCUGACUCAUCCCUUCUUUGACAACUUCUCCUACAGUUUGCCUGAUGAAGAAAUAGAACGCUUCAACCAGAUAAGAAUGAGUCAGCAGAGUUCGGGCGCCAGCGGGUCCAACUUGCUGCCCCAACUGACAGGCCAGAGCCCGUCGGUUGAAAGCAGUCUCUCCCAGUAGUCGUCUCCGGACGGCCGACACUACGGGAGCUUCAAUGCGGGACGUCACUUCGGUCACAUUGCUCAAGCAGUCUGCUACGAUCCCUACGAUCUGACCAGUUUAUGAAGCACCCCUUUUAUACCAGCAACCAAUCUUCCACUUGCAUCACCGCCAUCUACACAAGAAGGAUUCUUUCCGCAGUGACGCGAGUCUUAGAACUGAUGAUAGGGGCUACGACUCGCGCUUCAUUCUCACGUCCAGAAAAAUUGCUGAUUGUCGCAAAGUUCCUGAUAUUAAAAAAAUUUCUCUGUUAGAGAACACAGUGAUACACAAAUGUUUUGAUAUAACCUCGUUUCAUCUGCAGUACAGUUCUCAUUUAACGAGUUAUUGCCGUCGUGGUUUCAGCCAUUGUUCAUCCCGUGCUUACCGGAUGCUUUUCAGUUAAUCUCCAAAGCCCCAUUCAAUUACGAAUGAACAUAAUAAGUCAGGUUUCCAGAGCCUUAGCUGUAAACCUCGGUCUCGGAGUUUACCUACCGUACUGCCUCUCAAAAUGUAGGCCGUACCGUAUAACAAACAUGUCGGAAUUCAGUCAAGUCAUUUUCAAUGAAGUUAGCAAAAAGAGUUACGGAUGAACGUGUAGGUAAACACGACUUGUCACUCAGUCAUCAUUGAACCCGACGAUUUCUCCGUUCGAUAGAGAUUAUUUCCUACUUGAGUUGACCUUCGUAUUGAAUUAGAUAAAACAUCAUAGUUGUGAGUUGAUGUUAAUUAUAUACAAAUUUAACGUAUAUUUCUUGGGAAGCAAAUUAUACAUUAAACACACAAUUGCAAUUAUUGAUCAAACAAUUUAUGAAGUAAACGUGAUUUAAAUUUUGAAUUUAGA